AUCCUUUUUUUCAUAGUCCCAUUAUAACUACAAGCCAGAGAUGACUACCUCUACAGCGUCCCUCCGGGCGUCCAGCUCACUACCGCGCCGAUACCGCCCCCGCACAGGCCUGCUCCGAUGCGCCCCUGCAUACCUUCUAAUGCUCAUCUCCGCCAUCAUCUCCCUCUUCGCAACCUUUACCGCCGCGGCCCCACUCCCGAACUCAGACAAGGAUGGUGAUCUUGGAGACAACAUCCUGGGCGGUGCACGCGAAGGUCCCUACAACAUCUCCAUCCAAGCCGGUAUCGCAGGUGCGAUCCUGAUCGUUCUCGGAAUUAUCCUCUGUUUCUUCGGCUACCGUAUCUACCAUGUGACCCUCUUCAUCGUCGGAUUCUACUUCCUCGGAAACCUCACCUACAUCGGCAUGGCCAACGGCGGAGUCACCUCACGGACCCUCUUGCUCGUUGUCUCGAUCGUCGUUGGAGUCAUUGGCGGAAUCUUGCUCAUUUUCUGUUCUCGCCUGGGUGUCGCCAUCCUAGGUGCGUUGGCUUUCUACGCAUUGGGUCUCUGGAUCCUGGGCUGGCGUUCCGGUGGAGUCAUCAGUAGCUCUUCAGGUCGCAUCGCCCUCCUGGUCUGUCUCGCGAUCCUGGGAUUCAUCCUCGGCUUGUUCAACGAGAAGGAGAUGGUCAUCGUGGGUUCCGCCAUCAUUGGGGCCUACUCCUUUGUGAUUGGCGUCGAUAUGUACGUGGACACGGGAUUCUCCAGUCAGGCGGACUCGUUCAUCAACUCGAAAAACUCGGUUGAGUCGCAUUUUGAGAACCAGACUGUGGGUGUUUAUGCCUUGCUGGGAACCUUCUUGGUCUUGGCAGCGCUUGGAAUGAUUGUUCAGUUCUAUAGUUGGGGUAACAGGGCCACCUGGCGACCUGUUCCUGGCUCGGCUAUUGCUCCAGGUACGGUUGUUGCUCCAGGUGCGGUUGCUGCUCCAGGUACGGUUGCUGCUCCAGCGACAGAUGUGGUCUACACAGAGAAGCCGCCAGCUCGCUUCGGAGGAUUCUUCAGACGCCGCUACUAAACACAAAACCUUCCCC